AUGCCUCGGCAUACUCAAAGCCAAGUGUUGUACUACGGAACCAUCUUGGUGCCCGUCACAGCCUCCCUCUUCCUCCUCUUGCAAGCCCAUCCUCAUCUGCUCGACAUCUCCUCUUACUCUCAGGCAUCCUUGCCAGGCCUAUUUGCCAGCGUUCUGCUGCUGCCCAUUGCAGCUUUGUUGACCAGGGCGGCUGUACUGGGUUGUGCUGAUGCGUUCCUCAAGAGAGGGUUCAAAGGCAGGGAUCUGCUUAAACCUUGGGAGGCGACAAAGGAAAUGUGAGUUUAAGGGCAGGACGCCAGGUGUUCAGGGCAAGAGAGCUGGAUAGAUCCACCACAAUUCUACGAAGAUGAGCGGUGCUGCUGUCCACGCGUUCAAUGCGUGUGAGAUGCUCGCCGAGGUUCGCUGAGGUUCUCAUCCCUCUACGCUAUGCCGCGCACAUACAGUCCAGAAUCGGCGGGUUUGCCAGCAUCCAUAGUCUACGUCGGUCUGUUGUUCCUCCUGAUCCCUUUCAGAUACGCAUCCAACACUGCUCCUUCUCCGCCAGAGAGAGCUGGAGAUGGAGCGUGGAUUGGCGAAAUCACUGGCAUAGAAAGGUUUCCUCAUCACGAGCUUUCCUUGUACCUCUCCACCUUGCUUUCGCUCUUAUCAGCCAUCAUGCUAGGUUUCUUGGACGACGUGUUCGACAUUAGAUGGAGAUUAAAGAUGCCCAUUCCGAUACUCGCCAGUCUUCCCAUGCUCGUCGUCUACUUUGCAGGAGGCGGUGGGACGAGCGUGGUAGUGCCGAGCUGGCCCCCGCUGCUCAGGGCUACAUUUGGAAUUGUGGUAGAUCUGGGUGAGUAGUCAUGUCGCUAUGCUCGGACCAUCAUGCUACGCCACGAAAACCAAAGCUGACUCCCUGCACCAAUCAGGGCCGUUGUAUUACCUCUUCAUGUCGCUGCUGUCCACCUUUAGCGUGCACAGCAUCAACAUUCUGGCUGGUAUCAAUGGACUGGAGGUGGGCCAAGCACUCAUCAUAAGCCUAUCUCUGUGCCUCAAUUCCGCUCUGUAUUUGGAUCCCAGAGCAGGCCAAGCGGGCAGCUUUGCGAGCAGGGAGCUCAGAGAUAGGCAUUUAUUCAGUUUGAGUCUGCUGCUACCCUUUUCCGGCUGCUGCGUCGGACUCUUGGCUCUGAAUCGGUGAGUGAAUGCGCCAGCUUUCAAUUCAAGAUUCCAUCCAGCAUCCGGCAAGGGGCGCUUCUGAUCCUUGCUCGACGCAUUUGCAGAUAUCCUGCCAGAGUGUUUGUUGGGGAUACGUGGUGCUAUUUUGCUGGCCAAGUCUUGGCUUGCGCCGCCAUCUUGGGCCACUUUAGCAAGACUUUGCUACUCUUCUUCAUUCCUCAAGUCUUUAACUUUCUGCUGUCGUGUCCUCAGCUUUUCGGACUAAUCCCUUGUCCCAGGCAUCGGCUUCCCGUGUGCGUAGAAUUGCGCUCCCAAGGCUGGACCUGUUAGACACGUCUGGCUGAUGAUCGUCAUCACCUCAACACAGGGCUCUUCCUGAUGGCUCGCUUACGCCUUCGGUCGCCAAAUGCACCCCGGCACUCGCUCAUUCAGCACCCCUAACGACCAAGGCUGGAUUGUCAAGGCUCAUCCUUUGUGUAUUGGAGACGCUGAGAUUGGUGCACUUGACUCGCGACUCUGUAGGGAACAUAGUCCAGACGACCAACUUGACGAUCAUCUGCGCCACGUUGGUCCUUUGCGGCGUCACUCCCUCGAGCAUCUCAUCGUCGCGGCUCGUGAGCUCCGGACAGGAAUCAGGCCCGCAGCCUGAUGAGAAGAGCUCCGCGAGCGUACCUGAAGUUUCAAGCCGAGGGUCAGACCCAAACGAGCAGGGCAGGAGAAGCAAAGGUCCAAGGAUAGACGAGCCUACUCUGUGGACCCUGUUGAUGCUUAUACAAUUGACGGGAUCCGCAUUCGCAUUCGCCGUGCGGUACUGGAUAGCCAAGAUUGUAUUCUCUGCGACUUGCUAA